AUAUCGUACUUUGGAGACUGAAGAAACCCAAAGCCUCUACGAACAGCUGCUGCAUUUGCUUUGCAGGGAGAGAGAGAGAGAGAGAAGAGAGAGAUGCGAGAAAUGGGUUUGAGAGUGGAUGUGUUUCUGCUGGUACUCGCCGUCGUGUGGGCGCCUGUGUUGUCGGAUCUGGUCAUCUCCAAGGUUGACCGACGCAUUGAUUUGACAUCACAAAUUGCGCGGAUCACUUCCACGCUGAAGGUGGUGAAUGAGGGAAGCAGUUUGGUUUCAGAAGUUUUGUUGGCCUUUCCCGAGAAGCAGGCUAAACUUUUGGCACAUCUGACGGCAACCCCCACCGAAGGCAAAGGAAAAGCGAAAGGUUCUAGUAUUGGUUACCCAGUUCAAAACGUUCAUCCGAAAGACAUGCCUCCUGCCUUGACAUUUUAUUCUGUUGCUUUACCAAAGGGACUGGGCAAGGGGGACAGCUUCACUUUUGAUGUAUUGGCUGUUUUCACCCAUGCAUUGAAGCCGUUUCCAGAGAAAGUUACUCAGGCUGACAUUCAACUCCUAGUGUUUCAGGAAAGCGCAUACUAUCUCUCUCCUUAUGCGGUCAAGGUGCAAACACUCAGUGUUAAAUUACCUGAUGCGAGAAUUGAGUCUUAUACAAAAGUAGAAAAUACAAAGAAUGUUGGUUCAGAGAUCAAAUAUGGUCCUUACGAGAAUCUUUCUCCCCUUUCCUUCUCACCUAUAGUUGUUCAUUUUGAGAGCAAUCAACCUUUUGCUGUUGCUGAAGAGUUGGUGCGAGAGAUAGAGAUUUCCCAUUGGGGUAAUAUUCAAGUAACAGAGCAUUACAAGCUUGUCCAUGGAGGUGCUCAAAGCAAGGGAGAAUUCUCAAGACUUGAUUAUCAAGCCAGACCUCAUGUCAGAGGUCAAUCAGCCAUUAGGCGUCUUGUUGCGAAAUUGCCACCAAGAGCUCAUUCUGUUUACUAUAGGGAUGAAAUAGGCAAUGUUUCAACAUCCAACUUAUGGAGUGAUUCUAAGAAGACAGAACUGGAAAUCGAACCUAGAUACCCCAUGUUUGGUGGUUGGAGAACUGCUUUUACCAUCGGAUAUGGCUUGCCGCUUCAUGAAUAUCUGUUUGAAUCAGAUGGAAAACGUGUCCUUAAUAUUAGUUUUGGUUGCCCCGUGAAUGAGGUGGUCAUUGACACCCUCAUUGUGAAGGUUGUUCUACCUGAGGGCUCUAGAGAUAUAUCUGUAUCUGCUCCAUUUCCUCUGAAACAAGGGCGAGAGACAAAAUUUUCCCACUUGGAUCUUGUUGGGAGACCAGUGGUUGUACUCGAAAAGACUAAUGCUGUGCCUGAGCAUAAUCAGAAAUUCCAGGUGUAUUACAAAUUCAACAGCCUCGCAAUGCUUACUGAACCCUUGAUGUUGAUUUCUGGAUUUUUCUUUCUUUUCAUUGCUGGCAUUGUAUACAUGCAUGUGGACAUGUCAAUCUCCAAGUCUUCUCCGGCUUAUUUGGCCAAACUGCAGUGGGAUGAAGUGCAAGCAGCAAUUCAGAAGAUCCAAAAUAUCAUCAACCGAUGCCUCCUUAUACAUGAUAAGCUGGAAGCAUCAUUACGUGAUCUUUCCCGGACAGGGGAUGUCCAAGCUUGUAAAGCUGCUCGGAAAGCAGCUGAUGGUUCGUUGAAAGAGCUUUCAAAAGAGAUGAAGCCCUUGUUGGCAUUCUUGCAAUCUUCUCACCAGGCUGCACAGAUACUACCCAAGGUGGAGGAGCUAGUUGUGAAGGAGAAAGAUUUAGAAGAAAGGUUAAUGGUGAAACACUCUACAGUUGUGGAUUGCUAUGAGAAGAAGUAUGGCGGAAGGGAAAUCGAGAGCCGGGUUGCUUCACAUCUGCAGAAAAUUGCCGCCUUGAGGCAGGAGGUUGACGAUCUUCUGGAUUUUAUUGACGAGAUAUAAGAAAUAGGCAUAUUUUGCGCUUGUUAUAAUAUUCUCCGGAACUUUAAAGUGAGUGAAACACAAGACUAGUUGCUUGUAGUUUUGUUUUGAAAACGCAUUGUAUUACGAGUGCGAUGGACUUGAUUAAAUUUAGCUUGAUCAUAUUUAUUCGCGUAAGUUAGAACACGAA